AUGUCGACAAGAGACGUACCAAUGGGCUGGCGCACGCGGCCGUGCUCGAGACUCGGAAGAAAUGUCAAACUCGUUCUGAGUUCAACAGUGCUAAGUACUACAAUUGUAUACUUCCGGUUUGCUAUUCGCAAGACGUUAUUCGCCGUUGCAGAUCAGCCUGAAUAUGUCGUUCAAAUGUCGGCUGUUGGUUCAAUCGGAACCUCCCGCGCCCCCGAGGGUAAUAUGCUGGGCAUAUGGUGCAUGAGAAUGACUUCUACUUAUCUAUGGAUCACCCUUAACAUUGAUCCGGAACGCGAAACACAGGAACUCUGCGAAGAACCAUUUGACAGCAUCUAUUGCUUGAAAUAUGCUGGCAAGCUUGGCUUGCUCACUCUGUUCGCUGCCAGCCAGGUUAUUACCACGCCUUUUUACUUUCCGGUAACGAAGAGUCAAAUGGGUCAAGCUGAAGAUGUGACUGGUAUAGAUGGUAUAUUAUUGUUUGCUGCGACGCGGAUAGUUCGGAUCUUCGAUGAGCAUUCUGACAGCACCAUUGUGGAAACACCAUAA